AUGAAAUGCUAUGUUUGUUUAUUUGUGUGUUUAUCCACAAAAGCCGUUCACUUAGAACUCGUAAGUGAUCUGACUUCUGAUGCUUUCCUUGCCACGCUAAGAAGAUUUACUUCUCGACGAGGAAAACCUGAUCAGAUACACAGUGACUGUGGGACGAAUUAUGUUGGUGCAUAUAGAGAGUUGAAACGUUUAAUGGCAUCACUCUCUUCAGAUGAAAGAUUACAGGGUUAUCUUGCAAAGGAAAAUAUCAUUUGGAAAUUCAAUCCUCCUGCGGCACCUCAUCAUGGUGGAUUGUGGAAAUCCACUGUCAAAUCUAUGAAGUCUCACAUUAAAAAAACUGUCGGUGAACAAAUCCUCACCUACGAAGAAUUCCUAACCCUGAUUGCAGAAGUAGAAGCUUGCCUUAAUUCUCGACCACUCACUCCUUUGUCUGAUGAUCCUGCUGAUUGUGAGGCAUUGACACCUGGUCAUUUCCUCAUUGGUACUUCACUGACAUCAGUGCCUAAUUCUGAUAUUUCAAAGGAAGUGAUAACAACUUUACAAGGUUGGAAGUUAAUGCGAAGAAUGAUCAAAGAAUUCUGGAAACGAUGGUCAACUGACUAUCUUUCCACUCUUCAAAGGCGUGCCAAAUGGCUCCAAGUAAAGGGAAAUCUUGCUGUAAAUGAACUAGUGCUAAUCAAAGACGAUGAUUUGCCACCAUUGAAGUGGAAGUUGGGACAUGUGCUAGAGACCUUUCCAGGAGCAGACGGUAAAAUCAGAGUGGUAAGGUUAAAAACUGCAAAUGGUGAGUUAAAACGUCCUAUUGUUAAACUUUGCCCACUACCAAUAAUAGACUUCAAACAUUGA